AUGACCAACCUUUUCCAGGAGGACUGUCACCAACACUCAGUUUCGGAAAAUGAAGAGGAAGAUCCAAAAAGUGAAAAGGACUCCAGUAGCGACGAGGAAGAACAGAGAAUUCGUUCAAAUCCAAAUUAUAUGUCCAAAGUGGAUUACGCUCUUCGAUUGGGGUAUGAUGAAGCUCACCUUAUGACAGUGUUGAAAAAGCUUGGCCCAGAGGCUGAACAGAAUGAUGUUCUACUUGCGGAACUUGUCAAGUUGUUUGCUUCUACCAAAGUGUCUGAAGAACCGGAAUUUGUAUCUAGUCUCCCACCAGAAAGUGCCUUGCAGAAUAAAGUCUCAAGUCCAACCCCUGAAGAUAAUGGAGAUAAUCUACGAAUGAUUGUUAUUGAUGGCAGCAAUGUCGCCAUGCAGCAUGGUAACAGAGAAGUGUUUUCCUGCAAAGGAAUCAAAUAUGCUGUGGAUUAUUUUAAACAGAGAGGUCACCAAAAAAUUGUCGUGUUUGUUCCAUUAUGGCGUAAAGAAUCACCCCGUAAAGAUGCUCCCAUCACUGACCAAGAAAUUUUGACAGAGCUAGAAAAAGAAAGGAUUCUUGUGUUUACUCCAGCUCGAACCAUUAAGGGAAGAAGAGUUGCUUGUUAUGAUGAUAGAUACAUUCUUAAAGUUGCCAAUGAACUGGACGGAAUCGUGGUUUCAAAUGAUAAUUACCGGGAUUUACUUAACGAGAAUGAAGGUUUCCGAAAAGUGAUAGAGGAACGUCUUUUAAUGUAUUCAUUUAUGGACGACAAGUUCAUGCCUCCAGAUGAUCCACUUGGUCGACAUGGCCCCAGUCUUGACAAUUUCUUGCGUAAAACUCCCACUGCUCCGGAACCCUUACCUCCAAAUUGUCCGUAUGGCAAAAAGUGUACCUAUGGCAACAAGUGUAAAUACCACCACCCAGAACGAGGAAAUAUGCCCCAUAAAACAGUGACGGAGAAACUUGCUGAACGCUACAAGCCAAUGAUCCAAGAAGUAAAGGAUAGAGCUAUAGCUGAAGUUGAAAAAAAUAAAAGUGACAAGAAAUCCAAGGCAAAAUCACCUUUAAAUCGAACAAAGUCAAUCGUCCUGAAAGACGACGACACAGGGGAGCUCCCGAACCCAACACGUGAUUUAAAGCCAAACGAAGUACGACAACCAAUGGAUGAUUACAAUGAGAGAUUAACUAAACUGGCCAUGAACAUCAAAUUGUCUGAGUCCGACGAUGUUGAACUGCUUUCAGGUACACCAAACUACUUCUCACCAUUGUCCUCAGCAAAAUCUUACCCACUCCCCAACUCAUUGUGUGUCUCCACCAACAUCUGUGAUGACUCCAAAUCAAUCCAGCUCGUCGGCACAUGUACAGAACACUGA